ACUUAAGUCAAUAAACUCAAUUAAGAAAAGUUAGGUUAAUGUUGUCUCUGAUGUUGUGUUUGAAACUGAACUGUGAAACUGAAUUUUAGCUGAUUUUAGAACUAGUUUUUUACAUAAAAUAUUGAGUUGUAUUCAGUAUGAAAUAUUAGUUAAAAUAAAUAAAAUUGUAGGUAUAUAGAAUACCACCAACAUACGAUGUUAAAUUGAGUUAACAUUGGGGUGAAUUGUUUAUAGAAAAGACAAUAUGGCAACAUCGGAAAAUCCUUUGAAUUUCGGUUCUGGGCCAUCAAAACUUCCCAAAGAGGUUCUGGAAGAAGCACAAAAAGAAUUCUUAAAUUUUGAUCACAUAGGUUUCAGUAUAACAGAACUAAGUCACCGAUCUCAAGAAUAUGCCAAAAUAAACCAGGAGGCUCAAGAUGACUUGAGAGAAUUAUUAUCAGUUCCCAAUAAUUACAAAAUAUUGUUCACCCAAGGAGGCGGUCAAGCAUUAAUGUCUGCCAUUCCUUUGAAUCUGAUGAAGAAAAAUGGAUCGGCUGAUUAUGCUAUUACAGGAAUAUGGUCCACUAUAGCGGCAGACGAAGCCAAAAAAUACGGAAAGGUAAAGUAUGUUUUUCCGGAAUCAGAACCGAAUGCCGGGAUUCCCGAUAGAAGCACAUGGAAGUUAGAUAAAGACGCUUCAUACUUUUUCUACUGCGAUAAUGAGACCAUAGAAGGUAGAGAAUUUCCUUUUAUCCCGGAUACCGAGGGCAUACCCAUAGUAUCAGAUAUGUCAUCCAGCCUAAUGAGUAAAACGAUAGAUGUUUCCAAAUUUGGAGUGAUUUUUGCUGCCGCUCAAAAAAAUCUUGGAACAGCUGCCUUAGGUGUGGUCAUCAUUAGGCAGGACUUACUUGGAAAAGCACAGGAUAUAUGUCCGUCAUUUUUAAAUUUCUCUUUGUUGGACAAAGCCAAUUCUAUAUUGAACACGCCACCAGUAUUCUCGGUAUACCUUCUUGGAAAGGUCCUAAAAUGGGUUAAAAGGAAUGGAGGUCUUCAAGAAAUGGAAAACCGUUGUAAGAAAAAAAGCAAACUCCUCUAUGAUACAAUAAAAAACUCGAAUGGUUUCUAUAAAUGCCCAGUUCAAAAUGAGGAUUUGAGAAGUCACAUUAACGUGCCUUUUACAAUAAACAACGGCGACGUUAAGCUUGAAGAAAAAUUCAUUAAAGAAGCUGACGAGAAUCAUAUUCAUCAGCUGAAAGGUCACAGAUUGGUUGGAGGUGUCAGAGUGUCUUUGUAUAAUUCUAUUUCUUUCGAAGAAGUUAAGAUUUUGACAGAUUUUAUGUACAAAUUUCAAAAUGAAAAUCAGUGUAAAUCAAUAUCUUGUUCAUAAUGUUGUAUUAAGGUAAAAAAUAUUUUUAUACCGUAAAAUUAAUAUAUAAAUAAAUUUUGAUGAAA